AUACAGCUGACAUCGGCGCCGCUUUUGACUUUUUGCUCCCGAGUGGAUCCAGCUGCUUCUUCCCUUCCUUUACGUCCCUACUCUAAGACCCUCCCCUUGCUCUCCCCCCGCCCCACCUCCUUUCCAGUCCGCUCGUCCAGGCCCCUGGAGCUCGCUGACCGUCCAGGCAUCAUGUCCCGCUCGGAGGAGGUGAACCGGCUGACCGAAAACGUCUAUCGGGUGAUUCUGGACCAGUUCAAUCCAAGUUUAAGGAAUUUUGUUACCAUGGGGAAAAGUUAUCAAAAAUCCCUCUCAGGGGUUACUGUUGCUGCCAAAGGCUACUUCGAUGCCUUGGUGAAACUUGGUGAGUUGGCCAGUGACAGCCAAGGAUCCAAAGAGCUGGGUGAUACCUUGUUCCAGAUGGCUGAAGUCCACAGGCAGAUGCAAGUACAGUUGGAGGAGACGCUGAAGUUUUUCCACUCUGAGAUGCUAUCCCAGCUGGAACACAAACUGGAACUGGAUAUCAAAUAUCUGAUGGCUACCCUGAAAAAAUACCAAGCAGAACAUCGUGCCAAAACUGAAUCAAUUGAAAAAUGUCAGACUGAGCUGAAGAAACUGCGGAAGAAAUGCCAGAAUAGCAAAAACCCAAUGAAGUAUGGGGAUCGCGAAGUGCAGUAUGUGGAAAUCAUGAGCGCCAAGCAGAGCGAUCUGGAUCAGUUUGUGGCGGAAGGCUACAAAGCAGCCCUGACGGAGGAACGGCGCCGGUACUCAUUCCUGGUGGAUCGCCAGUGUGCUGUUUCCAAGCACUUCAGCAAUUAUCACAAUAAGGUGCGGGAGCUGUUGUCAGGCAGACUGCCCGUUUGGCAAACAUCAUGCACUCAACCUACUCGUUUACCAGAGCGGGCACUGGCUCUGGUCAAGCUUACCUCCAACAACACCACAGCUGGCAUUUCUGUCUCCAAGACCCCGGAAGAACCUUUAGAACUGGGGCAAAAUCAGCGGUCUUCAAUCAAGGAAGGAACACUGCUGCUUAAUGGAGAUUUGCGCCGUGGACGAGGAGGAUCCCGUGACUUCAAACACCUGUCAAUCAGUGAGCCCUUCUCCACCACCUCAGGUCUGAUCCCCAUCCAGGCCACUCAGAGUUCUUCACAAAUCAAGAUUGGUGAAAGCUAUUCUUGCACUCUGCCAAUGCCACGCAAGAUGUCCAUGGAAACUCGCCUGACAACUGUAGUAGAGAACAAGACUCUGCCCCGCAUCAAUCCUCUUUCAAUCCUGCCUCCACGUGCUGAGCGUCCAAGAGUCCAGGCAAUCUUCUCCCAUUCAGCAGGAGAGAACAGCACCCUUCUCAACUUCCAAGAGGGAGAUAUCAUCCUUUUACUGGUGACUGAGGCAAAGGAUGGCUGGCAUUAUGGGGAAAACGAGACAACCAAAAUGAAAGGUUGGUUUCCGUUUUCCUACACACGACCAUUUCCUUCAGCUGAAGGAGCUAACAAACUACUCAGCAGCAAGAUGAACAGUAGCAGCACAGGAAAUUUGGAUCGAGCUGCAUCUCCUCCUGCUGGAUCUGAUGGGGAAGAUGAUUUAAGAUUUGGUGCUUCAGCCCGUAUCUGUGUAUCUCGACAACGACCUUACAGCAUGUUAAAUCCUGACCUGUCACAGUUGACAAAUGAGUUUGGAAGUCGAUCUGCCUCUCCUUCAAGGAUCAAUCCCUUUGCUCAUGUUAAGCUGAAGCGUACGGUGACCAAUGACCGCUCAGCCCCACUCAUCCAGUGAAACGUGCAAUCAAUGUUAAGUGGAGAUAGACCACUACCCUGCUUUCCCCUCUUUCCCUCACCACGUGGCCUUUCCCACCUUUCCCACACUCCUUCUGGCUCAUAGUAGGUUUCACAGGCCAGGCUGGUCCAGGCGUGCCACCGUCCCUUAAUGGCACAGGAAAGAUCCACAGACUCAACGCACAGCAAAAAGGCUAUGGGGUUUCAUUAUUGGUAGCAGUUUCAGGAAGGCAAGCUAACGGCAGGAGGACAGUAACAGCCGGAGAGGAGGCAGAGUUUGGAUGCAAGUGAUGGAGGCAGAGAUGUAACAGUUGGAUAAACAGGCAGGAGAAGGGUGAAGGAUGUGGGGAUAGGUGGAAAGAGGUCAGAUGAAAGGAAAAGGAGAUCAGAAGAGAGCUAUGGAUGGCAUGUUACAGAAUAUUCAAAUGAAGAGAAAUUCAGCAAAUGUGGGUUUCAUGUUUCUUUCAACUCAAAGUUUCCACCAAUCAAAAUCUGUUUGUGUUUUCUUAUCCACUAUGACUAAAAUGCCACCGAUUUGGUGGCAUGUGCUUAGAAAGAAGGUACAGGUAGUCCUGGAUUUAUGACCACAAUUGAGGCCAAAAUUUUUGUUGCUGAGUAAGACAUUUGUUAAUUAUAUUUGACCCCUUUUUUCAACUUUUUGUGCCAUUGUGGUUAACUAAAUCCCUGCAGUUCUUAAGACAGUAACAGGAUUGUUACAUGAAUCUGGCUUCCCCAUUUCCCCACAUCCAAAUUUUGAUCAUAUGACCAUGGGGAUACUACAAUGGUCAUAAGUGUGAAAAAAUGAUCCUAAGUUAUUUUUUUCAGUGCCAUUGUAAUUUUGAAUGGUCACUAAAUGAACUAUUGUUUAAUUAAACUAUUGUUUAUUGUUUCAAGGACUACCUGUAUUUUGAAACCGAAUGAAGGUUUGUUUAAAUCGGCAACCUAAGAUUUUGUUUUUUGUUUUUUUAAUUCAGCAAGUCUUAAAUGUAUCUCUCUUUAGAGUCAGUUCUGUUAAGCAGGUUGAGUAAUUGAAUGACUGCACGUAUCAUAGAACACCUGGAUCAUGUGAACUUUCCAUUCUGCAAUAAACUUCUACGCUUAUCAUUACAUAAGUCAUAAAUAAACAUAUUGCAUAUGGACUUCCAAUAGAAAGUCCACACUAAUCUUUUCAAUUGUGUAGCAGUAAGAGAUGUUGAUUUGAGAAUAGAAAGGACAGGGAAAACUGGUUUAGGAGAGCAAGAGAGAAGUGGUGGGAGGAAUGGUUAAAUCAAAGAAAAUCAAAUACAAAGCCUAUUCAUACUUAUAAGAUACAUUUUAUAUAUUUCAUCAUUGAGUUAUUCAGCUACAGGCCUACCUUACUUACAAAAUCACAUGGGAAUGAUUAUGAAUUGGUUGUAUUGAAAAGUAUCAGAUUUCAAUAAGUACGAAAGGUCUUACUGUGGUGUUAGUUUUGUACUGGCCUCCAAAGGCCUGGAAAUCACCCAUUUGUAUAAUGCUGUUAUCAUGUGAUAAACAUACAAAUGUGAAAUAGCUGUGGGAAGGUGAGUGGGUGAACAGUUCCAUUGAAGAAGUAAAGCAGUGUUUCUCUUAGCAACUCUUACGACAUGUGGACUUCAAUUUCCAGAAUUCUCUGGCCAGGAAGACUGGCUGGGGGAUUCUGGGAGCUGAAGUCCACAUGUCUUAAGAGUUGUUAAGAUGAGAAACACUGAGGUAGAAGGUUGCAAGUUUUACAAAAAACACUACUGAUAAUUGAUGUGCUGUCUCUACAUUCAUUGCACGAUUGUAGGCCUAUCUUAAGUGUCUUAACAAGGCAUGGGUUGUGGAUUGAAAAGGAGCCAGGAUUUAUUAUUACUGGAUUCUCUGAAUCGGGUCUGCGGUCCAUGAAGUGAUCUAUAAUGCUAGUAGGUUUUGAUUCCUCUUCAAACAAUUAAGAUAUUUUCAUGGGGAAAAAGCAUAUCUCUAUUAUGAAAAGGUUACAUAGGCCACUUAUUUUGCAAUUUAUAUUGUUUUCUGUAGAUUUAAUCAGAGGUUUAUCUUACUAUGAUAUGCGAUGGUCUUAAAAAAAAUAGAUAUUUUUCCCCUGCUCCCCAGGAAACAUGAGAUAGAAAGAGAAAUGCCAGAAGUCAGGGCUUCUGUGUGUGGAAGGAGGAAAUAGAUUAAAGCAAGGCAGUUGUUGAUUUUUUUUUAAAGUGUUUAUUUAAUUUCAGUUGCCAGAAUGUAUAAUUAAGACAGUUAUUCAGAAGUAUUCUUGUCCUGGCAGACCAAACUGCAGGCAUUUUGGUCAAAGCCAAAAUAGAGAAAUUCAGCUAUAUUGUCUGAAGAAAGAAAUAUUUUUCCCAGUGAGGAAAGGAAAUGCCAUCUCGCUUUUCUUUUGCCCCUCACAUUCUUCUCCAACUGACAAAGAACCCAGUCAUUUAAAAUCCAAGUAUGCCCCCUUGCAGGUUUAGCUAUGCUAUUACAGAAUCCUGGACAGAUUUGAGUAACAUGCUUACUGAUCCUGAUUUAAUCUUGAAUGCGGCUGCAUAAAUAAGCAACAACACAGCCCUUUUGGGAUAAGCUAAAUAAAUGAACAAGAUGUCCACCUUUGAUGAAACCCACAACUGUAUAGUGAAACUGUGGCUUUGGAACAACUAUCAGGGCUGAAAAAUAUCAGAAUGCCUUUGUUACUGGAAAUAAAACAAGAAUGAUAUUUUACCAAUGAAAGAAUACUCAAAGGUGCUUUUUCAAAAGGGAACUGGAUUUUGUUUGUUCGUUUAUUGAGGAAAAAGAAGAUGUUUUCUUGAGGAAGAAGCAAAAUGUUUUCUUCUUUUUCCUCAAAGGAAAAACAGUCCAGUUUAAAAAAAAAACACCUUAGAGACAACUAUGACCUGGAUGACAGAAUCUCCACAGACACAAUGAAAGAAUAAUUUCAGGUUUUGGAGGCACAUGUUUAUAGAGUUUUAUAUAGCUACCUCCUACUUAUAGUUCACCUGUGUUUCAUAUUUUUUCUAAUUUGUAAAAAAAUUAAAACAAAGACACCAAGACAGAUUAGCUAGAUGACAUGUUUUGAAUUGCUAAUGGUAGGAGCGAUCCCUAUAUGAGUUCAGAAUCAAGCCAUUUGGUUUUCUUCUAUGCUCCUGCUUAUGAACAUUUGCUUUAUUUUGCUGUACAGGAUGUCCUCGACUUGCGACCACAAUUGAGCCCAAAAUGUCUGUUGUUAAAUGAUACAUUUCUUAAGUGAGUUUUGCCUCAUUUUAUGAUCUUUCUUGCCACAGUUGUUUAGCAAACCACUACAGUUGAUAAAUGAGCAGCCUGGUUGUUAAGGGAAUCUAGCUUCCACAUUGACUUUGCUUGUCAAAAGGUGAUCACAUGACCUUGGGACAUAGCAAUGGCCAUAAGUAUGACCCAGUUUCCAUUUUGAUCACAUGAUCAUGGGAAUGCUACAAAGGCUGCAACUGUGAAAAUUGUCAUAAAUCACUUUUUUCAUGCCAUUAUAACUUUGAACAGUCACAAAAUGAACUGUUGUAAGUCGAGGACUACCUGUAUUUAGGCCUUUUUCACAUCAGAACUGUUCUUUCCCUUUUUCCAGCUAGCAGUAGUUGACAGUGUUUAAACUUAGUGAUAUUAGAAUUGAGAGGCAUAUUAAAAGAACAAGAUCAGCGCAAUGGUUGGUGACUUGAAUCUCUACUCUGUAUUUCCAAAAUCCAACAUUUACUAUGUUGCAAAAGGUGUGGACAUUGCAUAUAUUUGUUCACAUUUCAAUAUAAUGCUACAAAAAAAAGGGGUUUUUACUUACAGCCUCCAUUUAUGCUUACAAUAUAAUGUCUAUACCUGGAAAUCAUUUAUUUCCUCUGCUCAAAAUGUAUGUGUUCAAGAGGCAAAAACAGACACGUAUUUAUGGACAGGGUAUAUACACUAGUUCCCAUUUGGCAAGCUGUUUCAAAAGCAUGAAAUAUGGGUCUAUUUUGCCUGUUUUUAUUACCCAUCAAAUCAAACUAUUUUCUAAAACAGUUUUAUUAUGGAGAGCCAAAUAUGAAAUGUCAAGAGGGGGAAAUGUUGAAAAUGAAAGAUCAGUUUAGAAAUAGAUUUGCAGAUUAAGCACAGUAGCACAGAAUUCUCUGCAUAAUAAUAUGGUUGCCAAAUGUGUGUGUGUGUGUGUGUGUUUCUGUAUUUAGAUACAAACACAUAUCCUGGAUCUCUGAAGCUGGGAACCUUGUGUCUUAUUAACAGUUCAUUUUAUCUUACAUAGGGCUAAAAUGUAUACAUUUAUUUUUGCAUUUCCUGCUUUUUGUUAGAAAUAAUUCCAGUCAUCUCAUGAUUGGUGUGUGUGUGUGUGUGUGUACGUGAGUUUCAGCUGAAAUACAUCUGGAAAAUUUUUAUUCUCUUUCACUCAAAAGCCUGAAGAAUGAAAUACAAGUUACAGAUUGUUCAUAUCUAAGACCAGAGUUUACAGAUCCUGCAAUUGAUAUAUGAAAAUUGGAAUGAUGGAAAAUUUUGACACUGACACACUCUGCUUUGAGAGUACAGAGGAGAUGAGGAACAUACCAAAAUAAAAUCAAAAUGGCUUUCACAUAAAAAGAGACAGCUUGUAUGGGAUUCAUUCAAAAAAACAAAAAAGUGAAUGCAGGAUAGCAUUUAUCAUAUGUGAAGUUGCCAUACUAUGUUUUUGACAGCAUGGUAAGCUGAUUGUAAAGACAUUUUAUCAUCCUGCACUAUAUUAGAAAGUUGGAAAAUAAUGGAAUAAUUAUAUUUUUAUCUUCUCAGUUGGGCCAUGUAAGAUAACUGGUUUAUCAAAUGAUUGCAUGUAUGCCACGGUUUCUUACCCAUUGGUAAAUAAUUUUUUUGUUUUACUAAAAAAAAAGCCUGUGGAACUCUACACUUUAGAUGUUUGGUAUAGCUUGGACAUAAUAUAUAAAGAACAAUGAGGUUUCAUUUGUUAUCGGUCUCUGUGUGCGCAUAAAUGAAAGAGAGGGGAUGGGGAAUGUAUUGUUGUAUUGGGACAAACCUUAUCAGCUGUGCAGAUGUUGAGGUCUCAUUAGCUAUGUCUUAAUUUUGAAAUUAAUAAAGCUUAAU